AUGAGGAUAGGGUGCCUCCAGUUUGCGCCCCAGGUGGGAGAUGUCGACAAUAACCUCAACCGAGCCGAUUCUGUCUUGAACAAGGCAAACCCCGACGACCUCGAUCUUCUUGUGUUGCCUGAGCUGGCUUUCUCAGGGUACAAUUUCAAGUCGUUGCAACAGAUCUCGCCUUUCCUCGAACAUUCCGGUUCCGGUAUUACUUCACUAUGGGCUCGAACAACUGCCUUGAAGUACAACUGUACAGUCCUUGCCGGGUAUCCAGAGAAGGUUGACGUCUCCCAAAACUGGCCGACGAGCCCCGAAUACUACAAUGCGGCUAUUGUUGUCAACGAAGAGGGCGAAACGAUUGCCAAUUAUCGCAAGAGUUUUCUCUACUACACGGACGAGACGUGGGCUUUGGAAGGCGACGGAUUCUUCGAUGGCUAUUUGCCUGGCCUGGGUAACACGUCCAUCGGCAUCUGCAUGGACUUGAACCCUUACCGAUUUGAAUCACCUUGGCAUGAGUUCGAGUUUGCCUUCCACGUUGCGGAAUGCGAGUCCAACUUGGUGAUUGUCUCCAUGGCAUGGAUGACCCGAGAGGAUGGACGUAUGUUCAGCCGAAUGCCCAACGAACCCGACAUGGACACCCUCACCUAUUGGGUUACGCGCUUGGAACCUCUUAUUCGGACAGAAAGCCACGAAGAAAUCAUUGUCGUUUUUUGCAACCGCACGGGAAUCGAAGAUGAGGUUGUCUACGCUGGGACCAGUGCCGUCAUCGGUAUUCAGGAUGGUGAGAAGGAACUGUUGGUUGUCGACACCAACAACCCACCAUAUGCAAAGCUCGUCUACCGUCCAGAGGUUGAUAAGCCAUCUGUCUUGCAUGGAGAACUACAAAUGAAUGGGGACUCUGGCGGGGACUCGGGCACACCCUUUGGAUCGCUGUCGCCAACUUCACCACAACAACCUCCAUCCAACGGAGACCAGGACACUUCUUCUCAAUCCUCGGGCGAAAGGCGGCGAAGUAAACACCAAGAUUCUGUCGCCAAGCACGUAGCUUUGCCUUCCAAGCGCACAAAGCCACCGCAGAUCCAGAUUCCCGGAAGUGCUGGUCCGUAUGGGUUGCCGUCAAAAUCGCCGGGUGCUGAUGCCUUUCUUCUUCUCACGCCUACCGCUCCGAGCCCGACGCCUUUGUCAGUCCGGCCGAAAUUGACUAUCCCUUCUUUCUCGGCGGAUGACAACUCCAGAAGUCCAGUUCCUGACAGUAGUCGGUCCGCUUAUUCGGUACACUCUGUACUGUCCGAGCGCUCCGUCGUCUCCAAUGGAAGACCACCAGCCGAGAGUACCCCCUAUCCCGACAGCGCUCACCCUCUGAGUGAGUAUCUAGGUGGAUACGGAGAGAAGCGUAUAUACGGAGGUCAUGUUUCAGUCGCCGAAGCCGCUUUCAGCCAGUAUUCUCCCAACAGUGCUAGAUCUCCUGUGUCGCCGCAGUACUUCUGGCGUCCACCGGAAAUGCUUUCGAAAAGCGUCAAUGAGACACGAGGCCGGAUGAUAACCCCAGAUUCUCCCCAGGAAAUCCAGCGAGACUUUCAUUCUCUCCCUUGGAACGACCCGUAUAGGCGCUCUCACACCUCUCACACAGUUCGUACUGCUGUCACUUCAGUCACCGUCAAACAAGAACACUUCUCAUCGACGAAAGCACAAGAGACUGGCUCGCAGCAGGAAACACGGUCUCGCAAGCUCAAGUCGCCUCCUCCGGAAACACCAGAAGCACCGAAAAGCGGCAGACAAGUCUUAUCGGUAACGUCUUCGCAUGAGGCUUCGAUCCCUGAUCGCCCUUCCUCUCCCAAGUCUCGUCAUGCAAGUCGUUCCAGAGUCCGCGACCGCUCCGAUUCGGCCCUCGCUCACCGGGAUCAAGCUGCAGCGAUCGCUAACCACCUGGAAGCGAUUUCUCGGAGAUCCGAGUCCGCAAAUCGAAGUCGAAGCCGUCCUCCUAAUAACGAACCUGUCCAGGCCGAUCGACGGUCGCCUUCCAAGCCUCGGGGUGAAAGUCGAAACCGAUCUGCCAAGGAAUUCUCCUCCAUCAUGAUUGUUGCAAGCCCGAGCAUUCUUGACAGUGAAGCCACUCGUCCCCAAUCCGCCUCGGUCACAAGCUCGCAGAAGCCUUCGACUCCGCAGCCUCUAUCCUCCACAGGCCGCCGGGCCAGGAGCGGUUCGGCAAAUGUUAGCAGUCGAGAAACGCCGCCGGUAGGUCGUCAUCGAUCCAGGACGCCGAUUGCCAGCCAGCAAUACAAACCCGGACCGUCGUCUCGUACUGUUAGCCGUGGAAGACAACCCUCGUCUAAAUACACUACCAGCAAGCCGGCCACGAGCAUUAGCACUCCUCAGCCGGAAUCGAAGACUUCAGAUGUCAUUCGUCGCGAGAGUCGCCGAUGGGAGUCCGCCGCGCCGAAGCCAUCCAACGUCUCGAGAGAAACUCCGCAACCAUCAUUCGAAAGGAUAGAUUCAUUUCGAUCCCCUAGUUGUCCAGUUCAUGGACUUCAUGACGCCUCUGAUUCUAACAGAAUUGGCGACAUCAUUGUCCCUCGGAGAAUCGUAGCCCCGGAUCUAGGAUCUCCAAGCUCCGUGUCUUUUCUUCCUCCACGAACUCCUGGCGCCAACAAGUUUGAUUUCUUGAACGAGUACAUCCGCCAGAACACGGAGAAGUCGGUUUCGGAUGAAACCACGUCUGGAGAUGCGAACUCGUUGGCAGAGACCGUCGAAACUGUAUCGACGACGAGUCGGUCCCCUUCCACGCCUUUCUUUGAACCCAAAACGCCGACAGCCAUGAUCUUCGUUCGCCCGGUAGACGACGUUCAGUAUGGGCACUCCGUUUCUCCUGGCUUCUCUCCAGGCCUCGCCGACCUAAGGUGCAUUGAUAGAAACCUAAUGAAGACAGCCGAUAUUGCAAAGGUAGCGGCGUAGCGCGGGCUUUUCGUCUUCGGUACAGAGUACAGCAACUGUGUGGCAUCUUUCCUUUGUCGUUGCCUGAACAUUCAGUCUUUUCUAGCGGGGAGUUUGGCAAGUAAUGAGCACGCAUGAACCGGGUCAAGAGGUAAGACGGAGGACAUCACAAGCGGGAAUAAUGACGGGAUGGUCCUGAAAACAGUACGGUGUUAAGACGGUGUUUGGCAGAUAUCACUCGCCCGGACGGCGCACAGCUAAUGAUUUCCAUCAUUCAUUUUUGUAAUUAUUCCAGAUCAAAUGACGGCCUCACAAUAACUUGAAUUCCUUGCUCCUUACUAGCCCAAGAACCACCGGUGCCAGUCACCAAACAAUAUUAGUGUGCAUCAAUA